GUGAAGUAGAUGGCUUGGGAGAUUCUUAAGAGGUGCAUCAGGACUUAGCGAUGAGUGUGGUGCAUAUGUGCAUCUGUACACAUGUGGUGGGCUGGUGGGAUCGGGCCAGGGCAUGACAGGUGAGGGUGGCCCUGCUAGAGGCCUUGCCUCUUCCUUCCCCCUUCCUUGGGCCCCAAAUCUUAGCCCAGAGGGAGACCUGGCGCUCCCGCCUUUGACCUGUGGCCUUCCUCCCCAGCUAUUCCUUCUCACCAUCUCCAUCUUCCUGGGUCUGGGCCAGCCCAGGAACCCCAAAGGCAAGAGGAAGGGGCAAGGGCGGCCUGGGACCCUGGCCCCUGGGCCUCACCAGGUGCCGCUGGACCUCGUGUCCCGGGCAAAGCCAUAUGCCCGCAUGGAAGAAUAUGAGAGGAACCUGGGGGAGAUGGUGGCCCAGCUGAGGAACAGCUCCGAGCCGGCCAAGAGGAAGUGUGAGGUCAACCUGCAGCUGUGGCUGUCCAACAAGAGGAGCCUGUCGCCCUGGGGCUACAGCAUCAACCAUGACCCUAGCCGCAUUCCUGCAGACCUGCCGGAGGCGCGGUGCCUAUGUCUGGGCUGCGUGAACCCCUUCACCAUGCAGGAGGACCGCAGCAUGGUGAGCGUGCCCGUGUUCAGCCAGGUGCCUGUGCGUCGUCGCCUCUGCCCGCUGCCGCCACGCACCGGGCCCUGCCGCCAGCGCGCAGUCAUGGAGACCAUCGCCGUGGGCUGCACCUGCAUCUUCUGAGACAGCCCUCCCUGCA